UUUUCGCUUCUGUCCAGCAAGAGCGCGGUCUGCUAUUCGCGCGUCUCUGGGAUUACAAACCUUGCAGGAGCGAAAAACUGAGACAUUUCUCGUCAUUGCUGCGUUCAUCUCCACAUCUUUCAAACCCUGGAUUAUUAACCUUCUUUACGGUCAGCGCACAACUUUGAACAAUUGCAGAGCAACAGCAUACCCAGAUUGGUCCUGGGAUUUUGGAUGCCCGGGAGGUGUCCCUUGCCCGUCUGCGUGGGUGACGUCCCCAACCCCCAUCCCGUAACUGCCUGCUGUCGGAAGCCUUGCCGUUGGGUGCCGGAGAAGCACAAGACUUUGAAAAGGACCCGCCCUUUGAACCUGGAUUUUUCUGUGGGGGUCCAACCCCCACACCCGCUCCCCGCUCGGCUGCUGGAGGGCGGUUGCUGAAGUGUCGUUUGAUUGGACGGAAAAACCGCCAAUCACUCUUGACAGGCGACUUUCUUGUAGCUGACAUCUACAAUGUACUUCUGAAGCUCGGACAAGGACUCCUUCUUGGUCACCACCCCCCUCCAGUAACCCUCUCCCUCCGUCCAACAUGGUGCCAGUUCCAAAGAUGCAGCCAUUUCUUGCCAUAGUAUUUACCCUUACUUCCUGCAUCCUGUCCGUCUCCUCCACGGCCACGCCUUUCCCCAAAGAUCUGGAGCCAAUCAACAUUGUCGGCCAGCAGCAAUCCCAGCUGCACCCAGGGUUUCAAGGGCUGACGUCCGACAACGACACAGCACGCUUAGGCCUGGACUUCCAGAGGAUGCUGCGAAUCAACCACAUGCUUUACAUAGCAGCCAGGGAUCACGUGUUUGCGGUCAACCUCAGUACCUCGACGGAGCAGAUUGUUCCCCAGCAGAAGCUGACCUGGAAGACGAAGGAUGUGGAGAAGUGCACAGUCAGGGGGAAAAACAGCGACGAGUGCUACAACUACAUCAAAGUUCUGGUGCCCAGAGACGACGAGACGCUGUUUGCCUGCGGCUCCAACGCUUUCAACCCCACCUGCCGCAAUUACAAGAUGUCCACACUUGAGCAGGAUGGGGAGGAGGUGGUGGGCCAAGCUCGCUGUCCCUUCGAGUCCCGGCAGUCCAAUGUGGGGCUCUUUGCUGGGGGUGACUUCUACUCAGCCACCAUGACUGACUUCCUGGCAAGCGACGCCGUGAUCUACCGCAGCCUCGGUGAGGGAAGUCCAGUCUUGCGCACUGUGAAGUAUGACUCCAAGUGGCUACGAGAGCCUCAUUUUCUCCAUGCCAUUGAAUAUGGGAACUACGUGUAUUUCUUCCUAAGUGAGAUCGCAAUAGAGUACACCACACUUGGCAAGGUUGUAUUUUCACGGGUGGCACGGGUCUGCAAGAAUGACAAUGGUGGCUCCCCACGGGUGCUGGAGCGCUAUUGGACCUCGUUCCUGAAGGCCCGGCUGAACUGCUCGGUCCCGGGGGACUCCUUCUUCUACUUUGAUGUGCUGCAGUCACUCACCAACGUGCUGCAGAUCAAUCAGCGGCCUGCCGUGGUGGGCGUCUUCACCACCCAGGCCAACAGCAUCACGGGCUCGGCCGUGUGCGCCUUCUACAUGGACGACAUCGAGCGCGUCUUCAACGGGAGGUUCAAGGAGCAGAAGAGCAGCGAGUCGGCCUGGACCCCGGUGCCAGAAGAUCAGGUUCCCAAGCCCAGGCCCGGAUGCUGUGCGGGUGACGGCCCAGCGGCCGCCUACAAAUCCUCCAUCACCUUCCCCGACGAAAUGCUGACCUUCAUUAAGUCCUACCCACUCAUGGAUGAGGCGGUGCCCUCCGUCAAUGACCGGCCCUGCUUCACCCUCACCGGCAGCAGAUACAAGUUAACCCAGGUUGCCGUGGACCCCUCCGCCGGGCCCUACAGGAACUACACCGUGCUGUUUCUGGGCUCGGAGGACGGCAGGGUGCUGAAGGUGCUGGCCAGUGUCCACCCCAACGCCACCUUCGGCUCGCAGCUCCUGGAAGACAUCGACGUCUACAACCCCUCCAAGUGA